CCGCGUCCAUCAUGUUGUGCUUUGAAGAUUGCCUAUAUACGACUCAUAAACCGUGCUACCUUAACUAUGCUACUUCAACUCUUGCCAGCCAUGUGAGAGACCACCUUAUGGUGUAAAAAUCAACAUAAGCGCAUACACACCGGACAGCCCGUGCGAGGGAGGCAUCUCCGCCAAAAAGUAUUUAUUAGCGGGAGCUUUGACCCUCUCAAUGUCCCAUCACGAUGUUUUGAUGACAAUCACCACUGAAAGACCGUUCAAUUGAGUAUCAUGGCUACGAGAGAGGUGGAGAUUGCUAAUGCGCCUACAGUGAAGGCCUCGCUACCGACGGUGUUAACCGUUGCUGGCUCUGACUGCAGUGGAGGAGCCGGCACCGAGGCCGAUCUAAAGACCAUCACAGCACAUGGAUGCUAUGGACUGACUGCUAUAGCAGCAUUGACUAUGCAGAACACACAGGGUGUCAACGGUGUCGAGUUCACCAGGCCAGAGGCCCUGGAGUCGAUCUUCCAGUCCAUUUUCGACGACGUGGAGGUUGAUGUCAUCAAGACCGGGAUGCUGACUGAGGAUGCCAUCGAGAUCCUGUCGAGGUUUGUGCAGUCACACCACAGGGGCAAGCCCGUGGUGAUAGACCCGGUGAUGGUUUCCACGUCAGGGACAACGUUGGCGAAGAUCGAGGUAUUGAAGCUCGCGCUGGAGAAGCUCAUCAGAGGUGUCACCUUGGUGACACCCAAUCUUGAGGAGGCCACGAAGAUCCUCAGGCUGUUCGACAUCGAGGCCAAGGUCUCUGGCGUCGAGGACUUGAAGAUGUACGCGGUGCUCAUUCAGCAGCACACACAGGCCAAGAAUGUGCUGUUGAAAGGAGGCCAUUGUCCAUGGACCUGCGCAGGCAGUGACAAGAGAUACGUGACAGAUGUGCUCUACAUCUCCGCCACUGAGUCAACAAUUGUGUUCAGAUCUGAGUACGUUGAGACUGAGAACACACACGGAACUGGCUGUACACUGGCGUCCGCCAUAGCGUCCAACAUCGCGUCUGGUCUAUCCAUAGAAGACUCCGUGGAGAAUGGUAUUCGCUACGUACAAGGUGCCAUAAACUCAGCAUCCAAGAUUGGCCAUGGUAAUGGCCCUGUAAACUACGUGUACCAUAUAGCUUCACCUUGUUUCAAACAUGGAACAGGAGCAGUGUUUGUCGAGGGCGGGUUUGUCGACUACCUGUUGUCCCAUCCAAUGGUUAAGCCCGUCUGGAACCAGUACAUCAACCAUCCGUUUGUCGAGAAGGUGGCCAAUGGCACUCUGCCAAUGCACAAGUUCGUGAGAUACAUCUCUCAGGACUACCCUUACCUGGUCAACUACGCAAAGAUCCACGCGGUGCUGUGCUCGCUUGCACCAGACCUCGAUUGUAUGACGCGUCAGAUCGAGAUCCUGAACGGCGUCACCAAGGAGAUGUCAAGCCAUGCUGAGACGCUGAAGGACCAGGGAGUGACGAACUUUGACUCCUUGUCAUUACAGAUGAGCGACGCGUGCAAGGAGUACACAGCUUAUCUGCGUAAGGUUGCUGAAGGCGGUGAUUGGCUGGAGAUCAGCGUCGCCAUGUCGCCAUGCCUCCUUGGAUACUACAGGGCAACGUCCAACUUCCCCGUCACCACUGACAUUCCAAAGUACGUCCAGUGGAUGGAGACGUACACCUCAGAUUGGUACUACGAUGCUGUGCAGAAAGGAGAGACCAGCUUGGAGAGGCACGCAGUGGGCAUCAGCUACGAGAAGGCCGCUAGGCUCAUCAAGAUCUUCAGCGAUGUGUGCCUCCUUGAGGUGAACUUCUGGAACGAUGGAUUGAACUAUGAGGGCUAGUCUAUGUAGAUCUAUAAUAAUGUGGCUCGCCAUUACUCGUAGGGCUUGCUCUCGUGAAUAAACUCAACAAUUGACGGUAUGGUCUCUGUUUGCCAAGUAGUAUCACCGCUCUCGAUCAAUGCCCUUAUUCUUGAAGAUGAGACCUUGAGCAAGGAAGGAUCACCUUCACCUAUGAAGAUGCGCUC